AUGAAUGUUGUUCCUACAUCCAAUAUAUAUCCAUACUAUGCGACAGCAGCUCCUCCUCCUCCACAUAUGUCAAUGGCACCGUCUCCCAAUGUGCAAGUUCUCCCUCAGUAUUAUUACUAUAAUCCUGUUCCAAAUGCGGCAGAAGCUGGGCCAAUAACUAUUACUCGCCCUGUAUCGUACCCUACAAUCUCAGGACAUCCUAUCAGCCAAACACCACCUUUGCCAGGUCAUAAUUCCUCUUUUCAUCCUUCGCAAUCGUUCAACUUACAAAAUUCUCAUCCUGAUCAUGUCAGCAUGGAACUGAUAAACAAAGGCCAACCACAAAUGAAUAGUACAUUAGUUUAUCCUGCUCCACAGAGAUUCAAUAGUAAUCAAUCUAACCAAGAUCCUAUUACGAGGCCACCGUCAUCUGGAAGAACUUCUCCCAUCGCAAUGGAACAUAAUAAUAACCAUACUUUGAUAGAUAGUUCGCUUUACCAACAUGCGUCACGUCGUCCGCGUAUCAUUACAACGAUGUGGGAAGAUGAGGGUACUUUAUGUUACCAAGUGGAAGCAAAUAGUGUUUCUGUGAUACGUCGUGCCGACAAUGACAUGAUCAACGGGACAAAGCUGUUAAAUGUAACCAAAAUGACGAGAGGGAGAAGAGACGGUAUAUUAAGAACAGAAAAGAUUAGGAAGGUGGUCAAAAUAGGAUCAAUGCACCUUAAAGGGGUUUGGAUUCCAUUUGAUAGGGCAUAUGAAAUUGCACGAAGAGAAAAAAUACUGGAUCUUUUGUAUCCUCUGUUUGUUCAAGAUAUUAAAGGUUUUCUUCGACAGUCACAACAAAUGAUAGAUACUGGUGAAAGGAGAGAGGGGAAUAUGCGAAUAACGCGUGUUCCAACACCACCACUUCAACACAAUACGUACCCGCCUCAUUCCCAGAAUGUUGUCGGAUUAAUUCCGAAUUACCAGAUGCAUAGAAUGGAUAGUAAUCAUAGUGAUGUUCAGAAUUUUCCAUCUCCACACGUCACGAAUCACCACACAACGCUGGUACAACCACAUGGUAAUAGUUUCCAUGUUAUGUUAUCUCAUCCUCCUACACAUCCUCAUCAGCAUCUAAUACAAACCCCUGACGCAAGCAACAGGAAUAGUACGACCAAUCUUCAUACUCAUUCUUAUCAUAUAUCCCCGACCAUGCCGCCUCCAGCUCGACUUCGAAAGCAUACACAUGUAGGAACCAUGCAGUAUGUACCGCAGCAUGAAAGGCAGAGUAACGAAAUAAAGGAAGUAGAGCGUACUUUAAGUUUACCGCAAUUAUCUGAAGUAAUUAGACAGAGUUCACAGAUUGAUAUAAGUGGCAAACGUCCCUUUCAGGAUGUUAUUUCUCAUUGUAAUAGAAACAAAAUAAGAUCUACGGAAGGAAAUAGAAAUAAAAUUCCUAAAUUGAAUUCUCCAGCGCUUACGGUGGAGAAGAAACAAGAAAAUCUCAGUGAUAAAGGACCAACUAAUUCCCAUAAAUGA